AUGACCAGGGUGCUGAAGAAGACCACAGGUCUCACUGGACUAGAAGUAUGUGAGACCCCACAGGAGGAGCCAGAUCUUCAGAAACUAGAGGAUAAGCUUCAGGUUGGCCAGCUAGAAGAGGAUGAAAAUAAAUUAUUACUGGCAAGAAAAAUGUUGACAUGGAAACCCUGGGAGCCUUUAGUGGAAGAACCUUGA